AUGGCCAUGUCCUUCGUUCGCCAGGCGUCCCUCGUGGCCCUGCUGGCUUCUUCCGCCUUCGCUCAGACGUUCACCGACUGCGACCCUACCAAGAAGACGUGCCCCGCCAACGCCGGCCUCGACAAGUCCACCUACACGGUCGACUUCACCAAGGGCGCCGACACCGCCGCCUGGACCACCGCCGCCGGCAACAUCACCUACGGCUCCGAUGGCGCCGAGUUCACCCUCAACAAGAAGGGCGACGCCCCCACCAUCGAGACCUCGUGGUACUUCUUCUUCGGCCGCGCCGAGGUCCUCAUGAAGGCCGCCCCCGGCACCGGCAUCGUCUCCUCCGUCGUCAUCGAGUCCGACGACCUCGACGAGGUCGACUGGGAGUGGCUCGGCGGCAAGAACACCGAGGUCCAGACGAACUACUUCGGCAAGGGCAACACCACCUCCUACGACCGCGGCGCCUUCCACACCGUCGCCGACUCCCAAGGCACCUCCACCAACUACACCAUCGACUGGACCAAGGAGGCCGUCAAGUGGUACAUCGACGGCGCCCUCGUCCGCACCCUCAACUACGCCGACGCCCUCGGCGGCCAGAACUUCCCCCAGACCCCCGCCCGUUUGAGGCUCGGCAUCUGGGCCGGCGGCGACCCGGACAACAGCGCCGGCACCAUCACCUGGGCCGGCGGCGAGACCGACUACACCAAGGCCCCCUUCACCAUGACCGUCCAGUCCGUCUCCAUCACCAACGCCAACCCCGCCGGCAGCUACACCUACGGCGACAAGAGCGGCAGCUACGACAGCAUCGUCCUCGGCGCCGCCUCCGCCGCCGGCGACAGCACCAACUCGGGCCAGAACGACACCUCCUCAGGUAACAACUCUUCUUCUUCUCCCUCCUCUGCCUCCGGCUCCGUCUCCGUGACGGCCUCCUCUGGACUCCCCGCCGCCUCCGCUUCGUCCGGCCCGCUGAAGAAUGGAACCACCACAGGAGGAACGACGAUGCAGCCCACCGUCGCGCCCACGGCGACGCAGUCCGGCGCUGCGGCGAGCGCGAGCGCCACCGGCGCGGCCAACGUCCAGGCCGUCGCUGGCAGCGCCCUGUUUGGCGGUAUCCUUGUUGCGCUUGCUGGUCUGUUUUAG